UAUGUUUACGAUUUUGGUUCAAGGAAUUCAAAUUUCUUUAACAUAAAAGGACAAAUUAUUCACGUUUGCAAAAGACGAAGCUAUGUUGAACAAAUAAGAGCACGAGAAGAAUCCGACUCCAUGGAUCAGUUUCAUAAGAUGAAGAUACCAUCAAUCUUCCAUUUCCUUUUCUUAAUCCUUUCCACAUUUUUCUUCAUCGCUCAACCCUCUCGAAUCCACAAUGUUUCUUCAUCGCAAAAUCGCCUCGCCUUCUUCGUAUUCGGCGAUUCCUUUGUCGAUUCCGGUAACAACAAUUUCAUCAACACCACCCAAACUUUCCGCGCCAAUUUCACCCCCUACGGCCAAACUUUCUUCAAAUCUCCAACAGGAAGAUUCUCCGACGGCCGUAUCAUGCCAGAUUUCAUCGCGGAGUAUGCGAAUCUGCCUUUGAUUCCGCCGUAUUUAGAUCCUCACAACAAACUCUACAUCCAUGGUGUGAAUUUUGCAUCCGGUGGAGCCGGUGUUUUGGUUGACACUCAUCCAGGAUUCGCGAUAGGCAUGGAAACUCAACUUAGGUAUUUCAAGAAAGUGGAGAGAUCGAUGAGAAAGAAGCUAGGGGAUUCAAUAGCGUAUGAUUUGUUUUCGAACUCUGUUUACUUCUUUCACGUCGGAGGAAAUGAUUACAAGAUUCCGUUUGAAGACUCCUCUGUUCAUGAGAAGUACAACGAAACAGAGCACGUUUAUACGGUCAUCGGAAACCUCACGGCGGUGGUCGAAGAAAUAUACAAAAAAGGAGGAAGGAAAUUUGCGUUUGUGGCGAUUCCUCCUUUAGGUUGUUUGCCAAACACAAGAUUAUUGAAAAAGGAAGGCGAUGGAAGCUGUUGGGAUGAAAUUUCAGCACUUGCAAUCCUUCACAAUAACCUUUUUCCUAUUGCUCUUCAAAAAUUUGCUGACAAAUUUCCAGGAUUCAAAUACACCGUUGCCGAUAUGUAUACUCUCCUUCAAAACAGAAUCGACAACCCUUCAAAAUAUGGUUUCAAGGAAGGGAAGAAAGCAUGUUGUGGAAGUGGAAGUUUUGGAGGAAUAUAUAGCUGUGGAGGAAUGAUGAGAGGAAUGAAAGAGUUUGAGUUAUGUGAAAAUCCAAAAGAAUAUUUGUUUUUUGAUUCAUAUCAUCCAAAUGAAAGAGCUUAUGAACAAUUUGCAAAGCUAAUGUGGAGUGGAGAUUCCCAAGUCAUAAAGCCUUACAACCUCAAACAAUUUUUUCAAUAUGGAUCAUUACAAUCUUUUGAACAUUGAUCUCUUAUAUUGAAAAAUAAACCUUUUUGUACUUUGCUAUCCAUUUUGCAUACAUAUAUAUCACUCAAUUUGAACAUUUGAACAGUAUGUUGAAAUAUUGCAAAAUGCUCCCAUCUAUCCGUUUUUAUGAUUA